GAGAUGUUUGAGAAAUUCGGGAUCUGCACCACAAUUCAGUUUUUUAGGUUUCUGUUGAAACUAAUACUGAUAAGGAAGGAACCAAAGCUCUUCAUCAGGGAUUUGACAUUUAAAGAUGUACCAGUCAGGAUUUACCAGCCCAAACGUCCAUCUACUGGGCUAAGAAGAGGACUGGUCUAUCUACAUGGAGGAUCUGGAAUGCUUGGAAACAAAAGCAUCUAUAAACGGAAAUGCUGUUAUCUUGCUCGAGAAAGUGAUUCAGUGGUUGUGUUUGUUGAUUUUCGUCUAGGACCUGAGCACCAGCAUCCUGCCCAAUUGUCAGAUUGCCUCACUGCCACGGUAUACUUCAUGCAGAAUGCAAAAGAGUAUGGAGUGGAUCCUAACUGCAUUGUCGUUGGUGGCGAAAGUAGCGGAGGAAUACUUUGCGCCACCGUUUGCCGGGAACUGGUAAAAAAAAUGCAUCUCCCAAAAAUUCGAGCCCAGAUCUUGUUGUACCCCUUCCUCCAGAUGCUUAACUUUUCACUGCCAUCCCAUCAACAAAACCGUUUUGGUCCUGGCUUGUUCACCACACAAGUAAUAAAAUAUAUUCUAAUGUAUCUAAAUGAGAAAACUGAGAACCUAGAAGGCUUUUUGAAUAAUGCCCAUGUUCCUGAAGAGGUGGCGGCAAAAUUCAAGAAGUGGAUCAGUGCAGAUCUCAUCCCAGAAGAAUUUAAAACCAAAGGCUAUGAACCUCCAUUGCCUGUUCCGUUUUCGAAAGAACUGUAUAAAAGUUGGGCGAUGCUGUCACCGCUUCUAGAUGAGGAUGCCAUUGUUCAACAGCUCCCUCAGACAUACAUUUUGACCUGCGAAUUUGACUCACUAAGAGAUGAUGGACUGCUGUAUAAGAAACGACUGGAGGACAAUGCUGUGCCUGUGACCUGGAACCAUCAGCAGGAUGGUUUCCAUGGAGUUACAAUGUUUGUUGACACUGGCUUGUUUGAAUUUUCCAGUACAAGAGAAGUCUUCAAAGACAUAAUUCACUUUAUCAAAGGGUUAUGA